CUUUUCCAUCGUUAAUUCAUCUCAGCCACUGUCAAUUCAAGAUGGGAUUCGCAUCAAAGAUCGCUAACGCUCAAAUGUCUGCUUCCAACUCUGGAGGCGUGUAUGGAGGAGCGCCACCCACCAGCUACACGGGCGGUCCUCCUACUGGCGCUGGUUCUCAGGCUGGUGGAUAUCAACCGCAGCAAGCACCUCAACAACAGCAGCCGCCGCAGCAAUAUCAGGCUUAUCCUGGUGGAUCGGCCUCCGGUUAUCCGCCUCAGAAUGCUCCUUACCCGCCCGGUCCUCCUGGCCCGCCGCAUGCUCAAGCCCCGGGAGGGCAGUACGGUCCACCCAGCGGCGCGGGCGGCGCUGUUGGACCUGCGACCCAGCAGCAGCUUAACGCCUAUCGCCAACUCCUGAUCUCCACGAUCCAAGAGAAGAGCCUUCAGCACUUUUACCCUCCUGAUAAAUUGGACAGACUCGUGCAAGGCCUCUCUCGAGAUGGACCCGCUAAGGUCAACAAGAUUGUGAAUGAGUUUGCCCUGCCUACCGAGAUAGCCAUGGAUGUCAUCAAACUUUCACUUUAUGACAUUGUCCUCUACGUUGACGAUAGCGGCUCAAUUGAGUUUGAGGAGAAGGGCGUACGGAAGGAGCAAUUGAAGCAGAUUCUUGGUAUCGUUGCAACUAUUGCAUCUACCUUUGAUGAGGAUGGCAUCAGUCUUCGCUUCAUGAACAACGACUUCAUGCAAAACAACAUUCGCAGCGCCCAGGAUGUGGAACAGAUUAUUUCCAACAUCCGAUUCUCCGGCAUGACGCCUCUAGGUUCCGCUCUGAGAUCCAAGGUACUUGAUCCCAUGAUAGUGGGUCCAGCCAGAGCAGGCCGCCUGCAAAAGCCGGUUCUCGUCAUCACUAUCACCGAUGGUCAGCCCGCUGGAGAACCUCUGGACUCCGUCGCUCAGGGAAUUCGCUACGCUGUUGAUGAGGUUUCGAGAUCCCCAUUUGGACGUGGUGCGGUUGCCUUCCAGUUCUCGCAAGUCGGAAACGACACCAAGGCUCGGGACUUCCUCGGCAGUCUCGACAACGACCCUAGCAUUGGUGGCCUGAUCGACUGCACCUCCAACUUUGAAGUAGAACAGGAUGAGAUGUCCCGUGCUAACCCACCUGUGCAUCUGACUCGUGAGCUGUGGUGCGCGAAACUCAUGCUCGGCUCUAUCGAUUCCUCGUACGAUACCAAGGACGAGAGGGGUAGUGGCCCAUCUGGUGCUCCUCCUGGGCCUCCUCCUGGCCAGUACGGCGGCUAUGGUCAGUCAGGACCGGGAUACGGCUCAUCCGCACCAUACAAUCCCGGCCAGCAACAGCCGUACAGCCCUGCUUACCCCCCGCACAGCCAAGCGCCUGGAGGCUAUGCACAGCCACCUCCCCAAGGCCAGUACGGCGGCUAUAGCCAACCGGGCCCGGGAUAUGGCUCACCCGCGCCUUACAGCUCCGGACAACAACAGGGGUAUGGCUCUGCUCCUUACCCACCGAGCAGCCAAGCGUCUGGGAGCUAUGGCCAGCAACAAUAUGGACAACGGCCCGGAUCUCAGCCUGGUUAUCCCGGUCAACAGCCUCCGUACGGACAGCAGCCGAGGUAUUAAGUGGUGUAGGAAGAGAAUACUCGAAAGAGCAGUUUAAUGGCCUGCUGUAUCCUUUAUGAUGACUUUUGCGUGUUUUUGUGUCCAUUUUAUGCCCGUUCUGUACCUGGUAAAUCGCAAAAAGGAGGCAAGGGAUACGGAAGUAUGUCUCGGACGCAAUAACUAUCGCGUUGCUAAUCAUGACCCUUCAAUGAGAAUGCUAUGAUGACUUUUAGAUC